AAACUUCGGAGAUGGUUACAUCCACAAAGAAGACCCCGACAAAGAGAAAGUGUGCCCGAACGACUUAUUUCAUUGGAGGCAACGAGAUCUGCAAGAAUACUUUUCUGUUUCUUAUGGGGUCUAACCACUAACUGAGGUCUAAACCAGGACUAAAACAAGACUAAACCAGGAAGUACAGAUACAAGCUCUAAACAUUGGCAGAGACACCCUGGCUGAUAUAGUCAAACACUAUGAGGAGAAUGGGGCAAGACCACGUUUGAGGAAGAAGCACUCAUUGCCACGUCCACCAGCCAGGUUCAUCAGCCCUGAGGAUAUCAACAGAGUUGUGGACUUCAUAAAACACUAUGCAGAAGACAAUGCCAUCAUGCUGCCUGGCCGACAGCCUGGGCAUAAGGAUUGGCAUGUGAAGUUGCUGCCAACUCAUGUGUCCAAGGCCUCAGUGUGGCGUCUCUACGUGAAGUCUGCUAAGGAGCUUGGUGAGCGUGCAGUUUGUAAAACCAGCUUCAAAGCACUGUGGAACCGACUUCUCCCACACAUCAAAAGUUGCCGGCCACGCACAGAUCUCUGCUGGCAGUGCCAAAGCAAUAACGAGCAGCUGAUACGAAGUGCAAACCUCCCAGAUGAUAGAAAGUCUGAAGCAGUAAAGAAGCAACAAGAUCAUCUUUCCCUUGUGCAGAAAGAGAGGGCUGUGUACAACGACAUGACUGCUGCCUGCAGAAAGAUUUGCUCUGGCUCCAACCUGUCUUUUGGACCAUCCCUACCAGCAAGCAAGAAGAUUAGGAUGCAUUACAGUUUUGAUUUUGCUCAGCAGUUACACUUUCCCUCAAACCCUCUCCAGCCAGGACCAAUGUACUUCCUGACCCCACGGAAAUGUGGCCUAUUUGGUGUUUCAUGUGAAGGGCUGCAGAAACAGGUGAAUUACCUGAUUGAUGAAGGCAUGUCAUCUACUAAGGGAAGCAAUGAAGUCAUCAGCUACAUGCAUCAUUUCUUCGGCAACUUUGGAGUUGGAGAAACAGAGGUGGAUCUUCAUUGUGACAACUGCAGUGGGCAGAACAAGAACAACUUCAUGCUCUGGUACCUUGCCUGGCGGGUUGGACACAAGCUUCACGAUAAAAUUGAAAUCCACUUCCUUAUUGCUGGCCACACCAAGUUUUCCCCUGACUGUGGCUUUGGACUCAUCAAGCAAGCCUACAUGAAGACAAGAGUCAACACUUUGGCAGACAUCGCUGAGGUUGUGGAAAACAGCUCUCCUGUGAGUCACCUCAAUAUCCCACAGCUUGUUGGAACGGCAGAGGGCAAAGUUUUAGUCCAGACCUUCGACUGGCAGCAGCAUCUGACUCGCCACUUCCGUAGACUCCCACAGAUCAAGAGUUAUCAGCACUUCAGCUUUGAAGCCAAGAGACCAGGUGUGGUGCUUGCAAAAGUCACCGUGAUGCACAACCUGUCGAAUAUCAGCUACUGCGCGACGGAGCAGAUCUGCCCCUGUCGACGGUCUUCCUGUCCUGGCCCCACCUGGACUGAAAAUUGA